AUGGCGUUCCUGGACGAUGGAACAAUGUUUUAUACCGAAAAGUGCAAGGGGCUGUCCGUCCUGAUGCCUUCAGGUGAGACCAAAGCACUUCUCGGCAUGGGUGGAUCCGAAGGAUUUGCUUCUACGGCCGACGACCUUUUCUGUGAAGGUCAAGCCGGAAUGAUGGGUGUCGCAAUAGAUCCGAAUUUCGCCAACAACCGGCGAAUUUACGUUUACUCGACGUCCAACAUGUCUACACCCCACACCAACAGGUUGAUGCGCCUGGAGGUCAGUGACGAUUUCUCCAAUGUGUCAGGGCGGACCGAUAUUGUUGACGACGUCCCGUACAAGAUGAAAGCCUCAGACCAUCCGUUCGGUGGCCCGGGAGCUCAUAAUGGCGGGAGGGUGCGUUUCAACCCGGGUGACGGUUACCUCUAUCUGACGACCGGCGACACGCACAACGGUCAGGUACCGCAGAGCCCGACAAUGAUGGGCAGCAAAGUGCUGCGGAUCGAUACGGACGGAACCGCUGCACCCGAAAAUACGCCGCCGGUCGGUUUCGACAAGCGGACCUACACCUAUGGGCACAGAAACGUCCAGGGCAUUGCAUUCCAUCCGGGAACAGGCACGCCGAUUGCCGCUGAACACGGACCAUGGCACUCGGACGAGAUCACCGUUCUCAGGAAUGGCGGCAACGCUGGCUGGGAUCCAAGGCCGAACAUGGCCGGACGUGGCGAUUGUCCGGACAAUUACUGCGGCUACAGCCCAAAUCAAAUGGUUGGUGAAAACAGGUUCGCGCGUGCAUCCUGGAUGCCCAUGACCGAUUUCGAGACCUAUCCGAGCGCCAUGCCGCCCAUCUGGAACAACAAUGGCUGGUCGCAAGGCACAUCUUCUGCAGCCUUUCUUGAAGGUGACGCAUGGGGUGACUGGGAUGGCGCCAUGGUGGUCGGUCUCAUGGGGAUCGGCUUCGGCGGCACACCACUGGGUCAACGUAUCGACGUCCUCCAGCUUACGGACGACGGCACCGAAGUCAUAGACGUGACGGAAAUGACGUUGCCAAUGGAAGCUGGCCGGUUCCGCUCGCUCGUGGUUGGGCCUGAUGGAAGCCUUUAUGCGGCGAUUGACGAGGGCAUGAUCCACAAAUUGACGCCCUGA